CACGUCCACUGACAGACGAGCGAUUUGACUCCCUUUUCCUCCAGUGCAAGAAUUGUGUUUCUCCGGCGAUCUGUUGCUUAAAGGCUGUAGUGAGGCUGAUUGUGGAUUGCUGAGCGUGGGCAUGAUUGAGAUGUCAUGUGGAGUAGUGCUCUGAGGUGACAGGAAAUCAUACAAUCAGCGGCAUUUAGCUCUCAACAGCCGGGUUCUCUUAGAUGCCGCACAUGAAAACCCCAGCAGCUAAGAAAUCGGGAAUGUCUUGACUUCAGUGGAGGGACCUGGUGUUCAGCCAAUCAGAGCAGCAGCAUGACUGGAAGACAUCUUCAUGACUGAAGACAGGAUGCCACUGUGGAACUCUACAAGUUCAGAAGAUCUGCUGGGGAACAGCAGUGACACCAGGCUGGAUACCGUGGAGGAGGUCUUAGUCCCGGUAUUAGAUGCAUUGAUUCUGCUGUUAGGAGUUAGUGGGCAAACUAUGGUGAUGGUGAUCCUGUGUGGGAGGCGGAGAAGGGGAGUGGGACACAUUGGACAGUCUCCUCAUAGCUCAAUGACAGGCACAGGAACGGACAUCCUCCUGCUGGCUCUGAGUGCUGCAGACCUGCUUUUGCUGUCCAUACUCCCCUUCCACACAGCUGCUAUAGCUAUGGAGUACUGGCCAUUUGGGGACUUCAUGUGUCGUCUGGUGGGCUUCUUGGGAUCAGCAUGCUCCUCGGCGAGUGUGUUCACGCUGGCCACACUGGCUGUGUCUCGAUAUCUGACUGUGGUACAGCCUACCACAGCCUACAACCACCUCUCCCCUCGCCGGGUGUCUAUAGUUGCUGCACUCCUCUGGGUCCCGGCGUGUGGCCUGGCUGCUCCUCAGCUUGUCAUUCGCUCUGUGGGGACCCCGCACAGAACCCCUGACGGCCUGGCUUGCUUUGCUUUCCUUUCGCAUCGAGACCAGAUAAUCUACGGAUUGUUUCAUUUCUUUGUGGCCUUUUUGCUUCCACUGGUCACCAUUGCAGUGGCAUAUGGCAGAAUUUACAUAUUCCUGUGGAGGAGUCGACAUGCUGGCAGGGCCCCCCAAGUAGAGCGCUACCAGAACAAAGUGACCCAGACUUCGGCCAUGCUGGUGCUGGCCUUUACCCUGUGUUGGCUGCCUUCCUACAGCCUGACACUGACCUUAAUGGUGGAUAAAAGCUCAGGGGCCACGGGUGUCUCACCACGCUAUGGAGCCUUUAGUGUGAUUGCACGCUUCAUGGCGACAUCCUCUACAGUGAUGAACCCUAUCCUCUAUGUACUUAUGUCUCAAAAGUUCAGGCAAGACUUGUUGAUGCUGUUCAAGAAAGGAGACCAGAGAGCCAGCGUGACUGUGGCUAUGGCUGCUGCCUGACAGUGUAAGUAGCAACACCCACUUCUAUGUGACUGAACACCUGACACAUUGAGUCAAGACUACCGGGAACCACAAUAAAACAAUUACAAGAUGAACUGCUUUGCUGACUCCUGCUGACUCCUUUGAAAAAAAAUGAUACAACCAUAACCCUCAUAAGGAAAUUCUACUUAACCAUGAAAAACAACAGAACUCGCAAAAGCAAAAUUCAACAUCUUUGCUUUUUAACAACAUUCACUGGUAGUCUGGAUAUUGUACAAGAAGAUCAAACCGACUUGGGAGGUGCUGCUCUAGAGGGACUGUGGGACAAACAUUCCUGAAUCAUUCAUUCCUUGUAAAAACUGUUUAAAGUAAAAGACAGUCUGGUAAAACAUUAACACUGUACCUGUGUUUUUGUGUGUGAGAUAAGGUGAAUGAAAGCCUGUGGGCCUGUUUAUGUUCAUGUUCACUCUCAGCAGAGAUAAAAAAAGGUAUUUUUCCUUUUGUUUCUAGUUUGGAUACAACUUCAGAAUAAAAGCUUCUUGGCUGUGUUCAGAUCACUCCAGCUGUUUUCUUCUCCAGACUGAUUUUUAAUGCGGGGUGCCAUGUUUACAACUGCAGUUCUUUGAUACUCACUAAAAAGGGGGA